AUGAAGGGGACUCCGGAGAAUCCGCAGUGCGGAUACAGUCGAGCCAUCGUCGAGAUCCUUCAGCUGGCUGCAAGUGAAGAGCCCGCUCUGUCCGGCAGUGACAAGGCAGAUGCAUCUGCCCCCAACACUCUCCCAGGAGGUUUCUUCCGCCCUGUGGAUAUUUGGGAAGACCUAGCGCUUCGAGAGGCUCUCAAGCGUUACACAAACUGGCCCACGGUUCCCCAGUUGUUUAUUGAGCACCAAUUCGUCGGCGGCACAGACAUUGCUGCCGAGAUGUUUAGAGAUCGCUCACUGCACCAGGCACUGUCGCAAGCAGCGAAAAAGUUCGCCGAAACCGCGAGAGACAGAGGGAGUAGCAGAUACGGAAGAACAGCAACAGGAGCCGAACAGUAA